AUGAAUGCAUGUCUUGGAUGCGUGAUUCCAUCGGUCGCGCUGUCUGCAGCACCGGCCGCGGUUGAUAAUUCUGGACAGGCAUCGUUGCUCAGCCAGGAGGCGAGGGCCUCUACGGCGCCAGCGCUGGCAGAUCCGCCGUACGGCGGUGGCUGCCAGAAGCUCAGCAUCCUUGUCGUUCUCGCCGAGCUGGAGGCGCUCUGGGGCCUCUCUGGCAUUGCCGAGCACUUCUGCAAGCUGGGCGCGCAGACGGCGGUCUACGACGCCGGCGGCAGCGAGACGCGCGAGCUCCUGGCGCAGAACGCGUGGCGCGAGCUUGACGCCAGGAUUGGCGCGCUAGACUUCCACGGGUGCGCGCUGGUCCCCCCGUCAGCCACUUUUGCUCCUCGCGGCGACGGCGGCCCUCCUGUCCGCGGCGAUGUGGCUCCGGACAUCUACGGCUUCCGCUGUCUCCCGCCGGAGGUGGCCGAGCGUGUCCGCGUCGAGACUGCGCUGUCUCUCCGGGCGGCUGCCGUGGCACGGAGAUUCCUGGAGCUAGGCCUACCUGGGUGGGCAUUAGCCGGCGCCCGGGUUCCCGGUCACCCAUCUGUCCUCAAGCUCCCAGAGUGGCAAGCGUUUGCAGACUCGCCGGGCUUCGUUGCCUCGCCCGGCGUCUGGCGUGCCGUCGGCGCCGUCGCUGAGCGCCCGGUCGAGAUCGUGCAUUGGUGCGCUGAUUUCACCGGCGCCUUGGAGGCAGCCGCUGGACCGGCAGCUGCGUGCGCCCCCCUCGCGGGGCGGCUCGUGCAAGCCGCCGGGAGGAACAGGCUGUCGGCGCCCGAGGCGGAGGCCGCGAUGGUGCGAUCUGGCCGCUUCCGCCACAAGUUGAUCAGGUGUCCUUCGCGCUGCCUCUUCGCCGGCGCGUGCCCGACGCCAGAGCCGCCCGUUUGGCGCAUCGAGGCCAAGUCGGUCGGCGGCAUGCGCGGGCCAUUGCGCUCCUUGUGCAAAGCCCCUGGCUUCGAGAAGGUAUCGGCCGAAGUGCGGGCGUUCCUGAUCGACGUGUUGAUCAAGGACGCCUCCGUCCAUGACAAGUUGUGGGCUGCCCUCGCAGGCGCGGACGACAACGCCGCGCCCACGGAGGCAGAGCUGGACGUCCACCGCCCCGCAUUCGCCGCGCUCCUGGGCGCGUCGUCGUGGAGCCCUGCCCGGACAGAAGCGCACUCGAGCGAUGUCCGCGCAGACAUGCUCAGGGCAUGGGUUGCUCGCGCGGGCGACCCGGGCGCCGGCCCGCCCUGUCCGAUUGGCAAUUUGGCCUUCGAUGCUCUCGGCGAUGCCUCGGACGGCGAGUCCGCGCAUCUGGGCGAGGAAGCUGUUGAGGAGAUCAAAUCUUACGCUUCCCUUGGGUGGCUGGCGUCGGCGGCAUCUUUUGAGGAGUGCUGCGAGAGGCUCGGCGGCGCCCCGGUGCUGUCCAAGUUUGUCCUCCUCACCAAGGUGAAGGAGGGGGAGACCAAGAGGCGCCUUGUCAUCAACCUGAAGGCUUCCAGCGUCACUGCCGCCACGGCAAAGACUCACAGGGUGCCUCUGCCUGGCGUCAUGGACGCUGUCCAGGACGUUCUGGAGCUGCUUUCCCGCAACGAGGGGGGCGACCAGUUCGGCGUCGAAUGGCUUGUCGUUGACUUCAACGACGCUUUCUGGAACGUGCCGCUCGCUGUCGAGGAGCGCCGCUUCUUCGUCGCCAAGGUUCGCGGCGUGUACUACUGGUACUGCCGGGCGGCGCAGGGGAGCCGAAACGGCCCCUACGUAUGGGCGUCGGUCGCUGCGUUGCUGGCAAGGCUGUCGCAAGCCUUAUUCGCGGACCCUUUUGCCCCGAAGUCUUUCGGGGAACUCCGGGCCGCCCUCCGGUUGCAGACGUACGUCGACGACCCCGUCCUGACCGCGGCAGGAUCUCCAGUGAAGCGUCGCCUGAUGCUGUGCGCAACCGUGCUAGCCUGGGGGCUGCUUGGUUUCGGCGUUGCUUUCCGGAAGGCGAGGCUUGGUACAGCGAUCGUUUGGGUUGGCGUAAAGUUGCCCCUCGACCCGGCCGGGGUCACGGUGGAGAUCACAAGCGAGAAGGUUGCUGACUUCACUUGCCUCCUUGAGGGUUUUCUUGCGUCCAAUAUUGUAUCGCUCAAGCGCCUCCGUGAAUUUUUAGGCAAGGCUGAAAGCGUAGCAAUGGUUCUCUUGGUAUGGAGGCCUUUCCUCCGUGACCUGUGGAACGCAAUGCUCGCUGCCAGCGCCGAUUCUUCAUCGCGCGCGCCUCCCGGCUGCGUGUGGACGCAGCAAGUGCGAGCGCAACUGGAGUGGUUCCUCCUCUUCCUCCAGCAAGAGAGGGGAUCCAUUGUUCGCCGGUUUUUGGUUGAGGCCUACACGCGCCGCGGGCCAGCCGUGCGCAUGGGUUUCGACGCUUCUCCGUGGGGCCUGGGCGGGUGGCUCAUGUUAGAUGAAGCUUUUGUCGCCUAUUUCGCGGCCCCUGUCUCCGGGGAAAACGUCGAGCUGCUGGGCAUUGUGGUCGGUUCGGCCGAGUCGCAGCAGAUUUUGGAGGACCUGGCAAUACUUGCAGGCAUGCGCGUUUGGAAACAGCACUGGUGUCAAGUGCGUUCCAGCUGCGCUGUCGAGAGCGACAAUAUUGCUGCCCUCACCAUGCUGUCGAAACUCAGGGCGCCGAGCCCAGCAUUAAAUCAUCUCGCCAAGGAGCUUGCGCUCGACUUGGGGGAUACUGCUUUCCUCCCCGAGGAACUCUCGCACGUUCCGGGG